AAAAGAAAAAAAAAAGUAGCAAAUUGGCGGGAAAAUUCUUAGAGGGAAACAUCAAUCCUGAAUUUCGCAAACCCUAAUCCCAAAAACUUUCAAAUAUCUUUCUCUCUAGCGCAUUCUUUUAUAUAAACCGUAUAAGGUUCGCUUCUUUUAGACUGCACACCUAAACUGUUCGACGAAAGUCCUCACUGAGAAAGAGAGAGAGAGAGACAAGAUGUAUGUGGUUAAGAGAGACGGGCGUCAGGAGGCGGUUCAUUUCGAUAAGAUCACCGCGCGUUUGAAAAAGCUCAGCUAUGGCCUAAGUAUCGACCACUGCGAUCCCGUUCUGGUCGCUCAGAAAGUCUGCGCUGGGGUGUAUAAGGGCGUUACCACUAGCCAGCUUGAUGAACUCGCUGCGGAAACUGCUGCUGCUUUAACUGCCAAUCACCCUGACUACGCUUCGUUGGCUGCAAGGAUUGUUGUGUCGAAUCUGCACAAAAACACCAAGAAAUCAUUUUCUGAAACGAUCAAAAUCAUGUACAGCCAUUUUAGUGAGAGAUCUGGUCAGAAGGCCCCACUAAUUGCAGAUGAUGUCUAUGAAAUCGUCAUGAAUAAUGCAGCUCGGUUGGAUAGUGAGAUAAUCUAUGACCGUGAUUUUGACUAUGAUUAUUUUGGCUUCAAAACCCUUGAGAGGUCAUACCUCUUGAAGGUACAAGGAAAAGUUAUUGAAAGACCGCAACACAUGUUGAUGAGGGUUGCUGUUGGAAUUCACAAGGAGGAUGUUGAAUCUGCUAUCAAGACAUAUCACAUGAUGUCUCAGCGGUGGUUCACUCAUGCUUCUCCCACCCUCUUCAAUUCUGGAACACCAAGGCCUCAGUUGAGCAGCUGCUUCCUUUUGUGCAUGAAAGAUGAUAGCAUUGAAGGCAUAUACGAUACCUUGAAAGAGUGUGCUGUUAUCAGCAAAUCAGCUGGAGGAAUUGGUGUUUCAGUUCACAACAUUCGUGCUACGGGGAGUUAUAUUCGUGGGACAAAUGGAACAUCAAAUGGCAUUGUUCCUAUGGUACGAGUUUUCAAUGACACUGCUCGUUAUGUUGAUCAAGGGGGAGGGAAGAGGAAAGGUGCAUUUGCUGUGUACUUGGAGCCAUGGCAUGCUGAUGUAUUUGAAUUUCUUGAUCUAAGGAAAAACCAUGGCAAGGAGGAGCAUCGUGCUCGUGAUCUGUUUUAUGCUCUUUGGGUGCCUGAUUUGUUUAUGGAACGAGUUCAAACUAAUGGGCAGUGGUCACUGUUCUGCCCUAAUGAGGCGCCAGGUUUGGCAGAUUGCUGGGGUGAAGAAUUUGAAAAGCUUUACACCUGUUAUGAAAAAGAGGGAAAAGCCAAGAAGGUUGUUCAGGCACAGAGUCUGUGGUUUGAAAUUCUAAAAUCUCAGAUUGAAACUGGAACUCCCUAUAUGCUUUUUAAGGAUACUUGCAACAGGAAAAGUAAUCAACAAAACCUGGGCACCAUAAAAUCUUCGAACUUGUGUACAGAGAUAAUUGAGUACACAAGUCCAACAGAAACUGCUGUGUGCAAUUUGGCAUCAAUUGCUCUACCACGGUUUGUUCGAGAGAAGGAUGUUCCAAUAGAGUCCCACCCUUCUAAGAUUGUCGGGAGUAGAGGUUCCAAGAAUCGAUACUUUGACUUCAAUAAGUUGGCAGAGAUCACAUCAACGGUAACUUUAAAUCUUAACAAAAUAAUUGAUGUUAACUACUAUCCUGUUGAGACUGCAAAGAGGUCAAAUUUGCGACACAGGCCAAUUGGAAUUGGAGUUCAGGGUUUGGCAGACACCUUUAUUUUGCUUGGCAUGGCAUUUGAUUCACCUGAGGCUCAACAACUAAACAAAGACAUAUUUGAGACUAUAUAUUAUCAUGCGCUGAAGACUUCUUCUGAGUUAGCUGCGAAAGAAGGCCCCUAUGAAUCCUAUAUUGGUAGUCCAGUAAGCAAGGGAACUCUUCAGCCAGAUAUGUGGGGUGUAACACCUUCAGAUCGGUGGGAUUGGAAAUCUCUGAGGGAAGUGAUUUCUAAGAAUGGAGUUAGAAAUUCACUUCUUGUAGCUCCAAUGCCUACAGCUUCAACCAGUCAAAUUCUUGGAAACAAUGAGUGCUUUGAGCCAUAUACUUCCAAUAUCUAUAGUCGCAGGGUUUUGAGUGGUGAAUUUGUUGUGGUGAACAAACAUUUGCUUCAUGACUUGACUGAGACGGGUGUGUGGUCACCUGCUAUUAAGAACAAGAUAAUAUAUGAGGAUGGUUCUGUUCAGACAAUCCCAGAAAUUCCUGAUGAGCUCAAAGUUAUUUACAAAACUGUAUGGGAGAUUAAGCAAAGAACAUUGGUAGAUAUGGCUGUUGAUCGUGGAUGCUUCAUAGAUCAGAGUCAAAGUCUAAACAUACAUAUGGAUCAACCCAAUUUUGGCAAACUUACUUCGUUGCACUUCUAUGCGUGGUCAAAGGGUCUGAAAACAGGAAUGUACUAUCUAAGAUCUCGGGCUGCAGCUGAUGCUAUCAAGUUCACCGUUGAUACUUCUGCCAUGAAAGAAAAGCCAAAGUUGGAGGAUAUUGCCGAUACUGAUUUGGCGCAAAUGGUUUGCUCUCUGACAAACCGGGAAGAGUGCAUGGCUUGUGGAAGUUAGAAGUAUACAUACAUAUAUAUUAUAGUAAGUUGUUAUGAUGGGGACUCUGCUUUUGCUCUGACAAAGCAAAGAUUAGCCUGACCUAAAAAUGUUUCAGGAGAUCUUUUUCAAGGUUUUGAGAAAGUAGUCUCAAAAGUUCAUGCAUUAUCCUAGUGAAGUUUGGCUUAAAUCCUCUGUAUAGCUUUACAAAUUUGUUACAUAUGUACUGUGUGCGUUAAAUUAAUGGAUUUAUCUAGUAAUAUGUUUGGAUCUA